ACUAUAUAUUAUGAUAAUAAUUAAUUAUUAUAACAAAUUUUUCAAGCUAAUUUAAAAGAUUAUAAUUAUUGCUAAUUCGAGCACAGAAAGCUUUCCAAAUGUUUGUUUGUGUACGGGUGCAGUGUAUGCACACGUGUGUAUAUGCGAGUUUGCUGCACAAAUGUCCCUGAACAGGCAGCACACUACCAUAUGUUACGAUCAAUAGAGACGGUACAUUCGGCCGUUUUCGACAUGUUCCGUUGAGUUCCCCUACUAUAUUUGUCCUCGACGACCUCCAACCAUUAAUGACCACGCCUUGCCUGCGUGCUUCCACGAUGAAAUUGAUUCUAGAAAAUGCAACACGUUCCUAACAUUCCUUAAAGAUUUUCUUAUUGUUAGUUAUAUUCAUUAUAAAAGCACUCGCCCCCCCCCUCAAAUGCUACGUGCAUAUAAUUUUUUGUUUGUUUGCUAUUUUAAUAUAUUUGUUCUAGGGAUCGAUAGAAUUAGUAUUUAAAUGUAUUCAUAUCUCUCUGUCAUACAAAGUUGUUUUUAUAUAAUAUGUAUUGUAGAUAAUCGCGCAUUAAUCGAUCAAUAUUGAAUCUAUUAUAAAUAAAUAAUUUUUCCGUCAAUUUGUUGUUCCUCGUUCAUAGCAACAUGUAAAGCAAGAAAUUGACUAUCAUAGAUCAUAGCUGGAUAAAUCGUUGGAACUCGCAAUUGUUUCCAUUUACAACGAAUGACUGACAGACGGCAAGUAGCAGCAAUUGGUAGUAGUAGUAACUGCAGCAGUACAAACUGACGUUGAGGAGGAUAUAGCUGGAUGAGGCGGGAAGAGGGAGUUGAUACAAAUACAAGAGCGUUUAAACUGUGAGGAAAGAAAAGUGGAUGAUGGAACAAACGAAGGGAUGGGAGGAAAAAAGAAAAAGAGAGAAGGAGAAAAUAGAAAUAGCAAUUAUCCAGCAAUGUUGUAGAUACGCCUGCGCCAACGUUGCAUCAUUGGUUCCCCAUCCAGCUCUUGAAUAUAUAUUAGGUUGACUUAAUUUCAAUUCGAGCUGUUUUCCAUCUCUCUCGCUUUCAGUUUCUCUGUCUUCCUUCCUCCCAUCAAGGCGAGUCUUUACAGUCGUAUUCAUCCGCCUGCUCUCCCUUUAUACUUGUUGGAAUUUCAUGCAAAGGGUUUACAUGAGAAUGUACGCAUGCGCCGCGUAACUAUACAAGUAGUACGCUGUCGAGAAUGAACCCUCAAAAACUGAUAAAGGAACGCAGUACGCGGUAAGUGGUGGGGGAAGUUAAGCGUAAAGGGCGGGGUGAGAGGUAGGUGGAACGUGCGUUAUUCCUAUAAAGAUUGUAGAUGAGGGACGAGGAGGGAAACCGAAGCGUCAGAGAGUGGGAGAAGCCCGGCGUGGUUGCUUCAAACGGCGCACGCUGCUCCAUGCUCGCUCGGCCAUUCGCGCGCGCGCGCGCGCGCGUCCUUACAAAAUACAACGGCAACUGAACACUCUGAACCCGACGUUGAGAACGCGCUUCAACAGUUCGCCACGAAUUCACACUGAGUUGAUUAUCCUGUCGCGCGGUUUCAUCGUGUGGCGCCGCCAUAUUGGCAGCUCAAUAUAACACGUACUAAUAAUAAAGUUUAGAUAGGAUACGAAACAGGGCUAACGGCGGCAGUCAAUGUGUCGAUUCUACCAUCGUUGUACGGUCGCUACGUCAAUGUAUUAUUUAAGGAAAAUGCUGUGAUCAUGUUUAACACUGUCAGCCAUGUUUGAUCAAAUGCGAGAACUCGAGAGGGCCUUACUAUUCAAAUGAUAACAAUUCUUCAUCGCAUCGUCAUUUUUCUUUAUUUUAAUUUAUUUGCGGAUCCUCCUUUUUUAUUGCUUUUUUCAAAUUGUUAAUCGUCGUGCAAAAUAUACAAAGAUAGACCAUCGUAUGGUGAAGAGAAAGCGAGAGAGAGAGAAAAAAGGAACAAAUAGAUUUGGCGCCCAGUCAGUCAUUUUGACGCAUGUUGGUAAUUUGACCAGCGCGCGUAUUUAAUUGGUCCAAUUUAUCAUGAAUAUAAUUUACGCGAAUUCAUUAUAUCAAUAAAGGAUCUUCGCUCGGUCAAUGAUCUUUAUAAAUAUUAUUAAUGAACUUUUGUCAAUUAUUGUGAUGAGAAUGAUCUGUGAUUAUUGGAAAGCAACAAUUGCAAUUAUCGCGAAACUUUGAAUGUCAGAACAUUUGGUAACCGGUUUUUCAAAUGUUUUGUUAUUCUAUACAUACAAUAGUGUCCUGCAUGGAAGUUUCAACAACAUGAACUUAUGUUUAUAACUUUAUGACAAUUUUCAUUGUUGGCAACAAUGCCUAUCGGAAAUGAAUGAUCCAUUAGAUAACGAUAUUAAAGAAUUUGGAUUGUCCACGAAGGGUACAAAUUAUAAGGAUAGCAACGUGGAUUUAUUACAAGCAUUUGAUGAACAAACAGAUAAACAAAGUCCGUCUCAUGAUUUAUCCGGUCAGCUAUUUAAUUGUGAAAUUUGUGAAAAACAAUUUGCUACAAAGAAGCUAUUAAAAAAUCAUAUUUUUACUCAUCUUGGAAGAGCUCGCGUGGUACUUAAGAGAGUUUCCAAUUUGAAAGUACUUAAAAGAAAACACAGUGAUACCUAUUUCUUGAGUUCAGAAAAGAGUCAAUCUUUGAAAUUAAAACUUAAAAAAACGACUUAUACUGAUCCACUCAAAUUAACGCUUAAGAAAUCAUCUGUGUCAGAAGACUUUAUCGUAGUCAGUACUAAUCAUAGUCUGAAUACAAUUAAUUUCUCUGCGGAAGACGUGGCAGGUGAAAAGGAUAGAAAUGAACAGAGUGAUGCUGAAGAAACAGAUAAUUCAAUCAAGCAAACAUUUGAAAACGUGAUGGUAGAUCAACAGGACGAUUAUGAGAACGCUAAAUUUGAAUCUGACAAUGAUAAUUCUUUGGAAGAAAAUGAAAGACCAUCCUUAGAUAUUAAUGAAGGCGAUUCUGGAGUAGGAAGUGAUAUGGCAAAUCCAUCCGAAAAAGAAGAUCAAAAUGUUGACGAUUUACACGGGUCUGAUAAUUAUAAUAAUACAGAAAAGAGGCUUUCAGAAAUAGAGGAUCAUGAAGAAUCAGAUGCCUUAGAAGCAACAUGCAGAGAAACAAUAGAAAAUUUAAAGAAGUUAGGAGAACAAUCAAGUUCUAGAUCUAUAAAUCAGUUAAUUAAUAAUUCUUCCGUUGAUGAAGAUAAUGAUACAGUGAAUGAAGUAGACAUGUUACAUGAUCUUGAAGAAAAUCCAGCUAUAAGCAUUAUCUCUAAGUCUUCCACAUUUUCUAAUCAUUCUGUGUCCGAAGAUAAUCCAAAACAAGCAGUAGUAGAAACAGAGACUGGAUUUAAUUGGAAUCAAUUAUCUACAGAUUUAACACAUAAAGAUAAACUUGGUUCAAAAGAGAAUGAAGAUCACGGAGAAAAUUCAAAUGAAAACAAUAUCGAAAAUUCUACAUCACUUUUGCAUAACUUUUUAAUGGAGAGACGUGAUCAUAGUGAAUUGAUAUCAAGCAGUUUACCACCAGUUGAAACCGAAUAUGUUUCUUUAGAGAAAUUAGCUGAAACUGUUAGCAUGUGUCGCGUUUGCAAUGAAAAGUUUAAAGAUAUAACGCAUCUCGAUGAACAUAGAAGUAAAGUUGGUCAUUAUCAGUGCAAUAUUCCAGACUGUGCCAAUCUUAUUUUUCAUUCACCGGUGGAAGUUUCUAUGCACAAAUCUCAAGUGCACGGAACGUCGCUGUCUCCAAGUGUUAGUCAAUUGUCUCCCCACUUAAAUACGAAUUCUCCUCAUUUAAAUCAAAAUUCGCCACAUUUACGGCAAGCUUCUCCACAGUUGAAUACGCAUUCACCGCAUCCUCAGUCUAUGGAAUCUCCAUCGCAACUUAGUCGAAAUUCUCCGUUGACAGCUCCUCAUCAAACAAAUUCACCAACAUAUAAUGCUGUAACCAGUAAUACGACUCAACAAAUUAUACCACCAGUUAGUUUCGACCAAUUACCAGCACCUGUACAACAAUUAGCUCAACAAGUGCAACGUAUGCCUCUUCCACAAACGCAAUUACCUCCAAGUCUUCCACCGGGAGCUAAUACAAUGAUACCUGGAACAAAUUACUUUGUACCGCCGCCAGGAAGACCACCAUUAUAUAGAAUUUCUGGUCCACAUAGUAUGCAUUACCAGUCUCAUUUAUCUCAUCUGUAUCCACAAUAUGGACCUGGCCCAUACCCACAAAUGACUGGUCCUCCACAAAUGCAUCCUCAACUUUCUCAACAAAUGUCACGUGGUCGAUAUCCAUCAGUUGCACAGAAUACUAGGUCGCCGCGUAUACCUCAAAGUGGCACCGUUCCUCGUCAACGUUUGAAAAGACCAAUGCAACAAGCAGUGCAGUUACAACACCAACAACAGCAGCAGCAGCAGCAACAACAACAACAACAGCAACAGCAGCAACAACAGCAGCAACAACAACAACAACAACAACAACAACAACAACAACAGCAACAACAUCACCAGAAUAACACUGUUGUAAAACAAAGAAGGUUAGAUGUUUUAAUGCCGGAUAGAAAUGAAGAUGCAGAUUGUCAUGUUAUCGCACAACAGAAGAGGAAUGAUGGAUUACCUGUUAUACAAAAUGUUCAAGGAGCUACAACCCAACAAACAACCAAUAGAAAUGAUUCAACAAUACAUCUUACUGAUUCCAUAACUCUUAGUGUUAGACAACCUGGUUCUACUCCAGCUCAACUUCAAAAUACAUCAAAUCCUGGUAGUAAAAAGUCGGAUGCGAAGGCAGUGGCAAAUGUAUUGGCAGCUAGAGGUAUUACAGUAACUCCUGCUGCAAAUAAAAAUAAAGCCAGUGAACAAAGUAAGCAGCAAUCACCAGUAUCGCAACAGAGGCCUACUACGCAGCAGUCUUUAAAUGUUCCAGCCCUUAAUUUAAAUUCAGCAAUUUCUAUUAUACCAGCGUCACAAAAGAAGCAGCAAGAGCAAGGACAAUUUGCUGUUCCUCAAAAUAAGCAAAAUAAAUCGCUAAUAGGUGAUGUAGAGCGGCCACCUAGACCUCCUACGGUUGAUUUAACUCAAGAUAAUCCGCCUCAAGUGCCAGUAAUACGACGAGGAAGGCCUCCAAGAACAUUACUCACUUGUCAAAUGUGCGAGAAAAGUUUUCAAAAUCAAGAUAUGCUGACACAGCAUAUGGCGACACAUAGAUCAAUAAAUAAACUUCUUCACAAGUGCAAUCUAUGUUCUGCUCAAUAUCCAACAGCUCAAGCAUUAGUUACGCACAAACAAACUUAUCAUAAAGAAGUAGAAACUUUGACACAAACUGGAAGUAUAGAAUUGGCGAUACCGGUAGUAGAUUUAAAAUCCCCGCACGUGUUAAAUCGUUUAACAAAUUUGGGAAUUCAAAGUUAUAUACCAUUAUCUCAAUUAAGUGCUCAAACGGGAGGAUAUUUUGGUCUACCAAUAAUAACGAUAGAUGGUGCAAGAAAUCCUAAUACGUGUAAUUUAGGCGCACUUGGUGCUACAUCGAUACUAAGCCUUGGUCCUCUCAAACAUUUGUCUAAUAGGUAACUAGGAAGAAGAGGCUUUUUGGUAAUUGUACUAAUUAUUUUGUACAUUUUUUUCAAUCACCAUUAUCUUCCUGUAUUUGGGUAAAUUCAUAUAUUCUAUUGUUUCUUUCCAUGACUUGUUAUCAUUUUAAUCGGUUCGUUUUUUUUCUUUUGCUAGUAUUCAUUUUUAUUUGAUAUGUAUGUGCAUAUUAUUAUUUACAUUUAUUUAAGUAAAGUUUCAAACAUUAAUAUGAUUUGAAUGAACAAUAUUCUAGUUUUCAGUUUAAUAUUAAGAUUAAGAUUAUCAGAAUAAUUGUUUAAAUUUACUUAUUAUUUGUAAAUAGUUCUAGAGCAAUACAGUAUUCUUAAUAAUGGUUAGAAAAACUUUUCAAUAUGUUUAUAAUAACACAGAAAGAGAGAGGGAGAGGGAGAGGAAGAGGGAGAGGGAGA